AUGGCUCUGCCGGAGGAGGAUGUCCAUAUGAUCAUCAAGCAGGUGCUCGACGAGACGGUCGGUGCGAACGCGACGUACACGCACAAAGAUAGUGUUCAAUGGAAUCAGAAGGCCGUCGAACAGAUCACGAAGAAGCUUGUGGCCGCAGGCAAACCAUACAAAUACGUCGUCACCUCGUCAUUCCUGCAGAUCUCAAGUGGUUCGGGACUCAACGUUAGCACCAUAUCCUACUGGAAUAAGAUUACGGAUUCCUCCUACAUGUAUCGAUGGGAAGCGAAGACAAUGCUGGCAAUCGUCUACGUGUUCGCCAUCGCUAUCUGA